CCGUCCAAGGGUCCAGGAGCUCCAAAAGGCUUUGGUUCCAUUAGAACUUCGUGGGAUGAAAGCAAAGGAGAAAGAAAACGAUAUAUAAGGAAUCCAAACUAAUCCUUUACAUCGCAAUAUUCAUCCGUCUCGCGUGCUCCAAUUCUUUUGAGAAAACCAUAUCUUUCACCAUUUCAGAUAUCUCGUUUCCAUCGAGGAUGAGGCUGUUGAAGGUGGCAACUUGCAAUCUCAAUCAAUGGGCUAUGGACUUCGACUGUAACACUAAGCACAUUAAAGAGUCCAUAGCCAAGGCUAAAGAAGCCGGCGCUGUCAUUAGGCUCGGACCUGAGCUGGAGGUUACUGGUUAUGGCUGUGAAGAUCAUUUCUUGGAGCUCGACACUGUCACCCAUGCAUGGGAAUGCUUAAAAGACAUCUUGCUCGGUGAUUGGACAGAUGACAUAUUUUGUAGCAUUGGUAUGCCGAUCAUCAAAGGGUCGGAGCGGUACAAUUGUCAGGUUUUAUGUUUGAAUCGAAAGAUUAUUAUGAUACGACCAAAGAUGUCCCUCGCAAAUGAUGGCAACUAUAGAGAGCUUAGAUGGUUUACGGCAUGGAAGCGAAGAGAUCAACUUGAGGAAUUUCAGCUUCCCAACGAAAUUGCUGAGGCAUUGGGUCAAGAGUCAGUUCCUUUUGGCUACGGAUUCAUUCAGUUUCAAGACACGGCAAUAGCAGCUGAAAUUUGUGAGGAACUCUUUUCUCCAAUUGCCCCUCAUGCUGAGCUUGCAUUAAAUGGUGUUGAAGUAUUUCUGAAUGCAAGUGGAAGUCACCACCAACUCAGAAAGCUUGAUGUCCGCCUCCGUGCUUUUAUAGGUGCCACUCAUACACGUGGAGGGGUUUACAUGUAUAGCAACCACCAAGGAUGUGACGGUGGUCGCCUUUAUUAUGAUGGAUGUGCUUGUGUUGUGGUGAAUGGAGAUGUUGUUGCUCAGGGUUCACAAUUUUCUUUGAAGGACGUUGAGAUUGUGGCUGCUCAAAUAGAUCUUGAUGCGGUUGCCAGCCUUAGAGGGUCUAUCAGUACCUUUCAAGAGCAAGCAAGUUGUAAAACCAGGGUUCCUUCAGUGGCAGUAGCAUACAAUCUUUGUCGGCCUUUCAACCUGAAAGUGACGCUUUCCAUUCCACAUAAGAUCAAGUAUCACUCUCCAGAAGAGGAAAUAGCAUUUGGGCCUGGUUGCUGGUUAUGGGACUACUUGAGAAGAAGUGGAGCGUCUGGUUUCCUGCUUCCUCUAUCUGGUGGGGCAGAUAGUUCCUCUGUUGCUGCUAUUGUUGGUUGCAUGUGCCAACUUGUAGUGAAAGAAAUUGCAAAUGGGGAUGAACAGGUUAAAGCUGAUGCUAUACGAAUAGGAAAUUAUAAAGAUGGGCAAUUUCCUACUGACAGCAGAGAAUUUGCUAAACGAGUAUUCUAUACUGUAUUUAUGGGAUCUGAAAAUAGUUCUGACGCCACCAGAUUGCGGGCAAAGAUGCUGGCUGAUGAAAUUGGCUCAUGGCACCUUGAUGUUAACAUUGAUGGGGUUGUAUCUGCCUUUUUAUCAUUGUUUCAAACACUUACAGGAAAGAGACCACGUUAUAAGGUAGAUGGUGGAUCUAAUAUAGAGAAUUUAAGCUUACAAAACAUCCAAGCUCGAAUCAGAAUGGUGCUAGCUUUCAUGCUAGCGUCUCUGUUGCCUUGGGUUCACAGCAAACCUGGAUUUUAUCUUGUUUUGGGAAGCUCCAAUGUGGAUGAGGGGUUGCGUGGUUACUUAACAAAGUACGAUUGCAGCUCAGCAGAUAUAAACCCCAUUGGAAGUAUAAGCAAACAGGAUCUGCGGACGUUCUUGCGUUGGGCAUCCAUCCAUCUUGGUUAUUCAUCUUUGAAAGAUAUUGAAGCAGCUCCGCCCACAGCUGAACUGGAGCCUAUACGUUCAAACUACAGUCAGCUUGAUGAAGUGGAUAUGGGAAUGACUUACGAGGAACUCUCUGUUUAUGGAAGGCUACGGAAAAUUUUCCGCUGUGGUCCAGUUUCCAUGUUUCAGAAUCUAUGCUAUAGAUGGGGUGCCAGACUGACUCCAUCACAAGUGGCUGAGAAAGUAAAACACUUUUUCAAGUAUUAUUCUAUAAAUCGACACAAAAUGACUGUAUUGACGCCCUCCUAUCAUGCUGAGAGUUAUUCGCCAGAGGAUAACAGGUUUGAUCUUCGCCAAUUUCUGUAUAAUGCAAGAUGGCCAUAUCAAUUUCGCAAAAUUGAUGAAAUUGUUUGUGAGUUGGAUGGUGACAAGGUUGCUGUUCAAGAACCCAGAGACCAUGAAGCUAUGGCAAUUGCAUCAGAUGGUGUGGGUGGGAUGGGAGUUAUAGCAGCAGGUUCAGGCAAUCCCAGUGUUGGGAUUUGAUCAAAUACUUAACCCUCCCGCUCAAAUACAAGAGCAUUCGGCUACAAAUUAGGUGCAGAGAUUUUGUCUUUAACGUUUAUAUGUAUAAUAAUGAUAUCAUUCAUUCUUCCAUUAAAUUGGAAGAACAAAAAUCUCUGAGAUUGUUUUGGUGGUGGGGAAGCUGGGGUUUGAAUAAAGAACGGAUCCUACUCUUCUAUGUCAAUUCUUGUAUUUAUUUCGUGAAUUUAAUCCUCAAAAAGGCAAUUGUACUCAUCAAAUCAAUUUGAUGAUAUUCUUGGUAAUAGAUCUAUGUGACUUACGUAGACCGUUGUUGGAA